AUGCAUUAAUCUCUCAAAUUUGACACUUAACCUUCAUAACAAUAAAAUUGGUGCAAUGAAGGUGCAUCAGGCUUAGGUUCAGCUUUAGCAAAAUGCAUUAAUCUCUCAAAUUUGACACUUGACCUUUGGUCUAAUUAAAUUGGUGAGGAUGGUGCAUCAGGCUUAGGUUCAGAUUUAGCAAAAUGCAUUAAUCUCUCAAAUUUGACACUUAUCCUUUGGUCUAAUUAAAUUGGUGAUGAAGGUGCAUCAGGCUUAGGUUCAGCUUUAGCAAAAUGCAUUAAUCUCUCAAAUUUGACACUUAACCUUUGGUCUAAUUAAAUUGGUGCAAUGGGUGCAUCAGGCUUAGGUUCAGCUUUAGCAAAAUGCAUUAAUCUCUCAAAUUUGACACUUAACCUUCUGUCUAAUUAAAUUGGUGAUGAAGGUGCAUCAGCCUUAGGUUCAGCUUUAGCAAAAUGCAUUAAUCUCUCAAAUUUGACACUUUACCUUGAGUAAAAACAGUUUAUUUGUUUUGAAUUGUGA